AGGACCCACCGCACGCGCGGUGCCACGAAACACGUUCACUGAACGUCGUGGAAGUACAGUUGCAUUUGAUUUUGUAGAACUGGCCAGCCAAUAUAAUGCAAUGGAAACGCAGUACUGUUUACAUAUAUCUCAGGCUACAGAAGUUGCUUGUGGUUACUGCCCACACCCCUUUACCAUUUCAUUAUGAGUGAAAGUAAACGGUCAGACAACGGCAAUCUACCUAUUUUAACCAAAUCAUCAUGAUAAAUGUAUUAUUUAUCCACAUGAUUACUUCUCAGGCAUGGACAUCUGAUCCACUCAUUCUCAAUCGAUCAAUUAUUACAAGUUAAUUACGUUUUUAUGCGCCAUUUAUGUAAAUUACACAAAAUUUCGUAGACAGAUUAUACAAAUAUGAGCCACAUGCAACGGUUUUCGCCAUGCAAAUCGCUGGCGGUGUAAGGACACUUCGUCGCUCUGUCUAACGGAGCUGCGCCCAUCCGAGAGUCCUGGGGCAGCGCUGAGACCUGCACAUCUGGAGAGGACUUCCUGCAACAGCUGGCCAGCUGCUGUAAAUGUCGCAGACUUUCAUUGUUUUUGAUCAGCACGGUGAUUCUUAUGGAUACUAAGCCAGCUUUUUCGGUAAUAUUGGACUAGGACUUAUACGUUCGCCUGCCAACAUUAUCUACGCACCAGCUUUGAUGUCACAUGACGAAGAAUGGCUUUGUUGAGAAGAAUCAACUGGAUCCUCCUGACACUGCUGACCCUGAUAGUCUGUACCAUCCUGUACAAGAGGGUGCACAGACCUCAGCAGCGAUCGUCUCACACAGGGCCCGUUCCAGCCACGGUCCCCUCGGAUGUCAGGGAUGAGGUGUCGGAGGUAGAGGGCGUGAUCCCGGUGGCGAUCUGCGCGGCACAGGAGCGCGUCGGCGCCACCAUGGCAACCAUCAACAGCGUGCGCAGGAACACGGAUGCCAGCUUGUUCUUCUACAUCAUCACCCUGCAGGACGCCGUGCAGCACGUGAAGGAUUAUAUAGAAAACUCUGCUCUGAAGGACAUCAAGUAUAAGAUUGUGGAGUUCAACCCCAUGACUCUGAAAGGAAAAGUGAGACCUGAUUCUACCCGGCCAGAACUCCUCCACCCACUCAAUUUCGUGCGUUUUUACCUGCCGCUGCUCGUCAACCGGCACAAGAGGGUCAUUUAUUUGGACGAUGAUGUCAUUGUGCAAGGUGACAUCCAGGACUUGUACCAGACCAGGCUGGAGCCAGGCCACGCAGCAGCCUUCGCCAGCGACUGUGAACUGCCAUCCACUCACGAGAUGGUGCGCAGCAUCGGAAUGCAGACGACAUACAUGGGCUUCUUGGACUACAGAAAGCAGGAAGUGAGAGACUUAGGAAUCAACCCCAAUGACUGCUCCUUCAACCCCGGGGUCUUUGUGGCCGACGUCGAGGAGUGGAGAAGGCAGAAGAUCACCAAGCAGCUGGAGAAAUGGAUGCAGCAGAACUUCAGGGACAACCUCUACAGCAGUGCAAUGGCGGGUGGCGUGGCCACUCCGCCGAUGCUGAUCGUCUUCUACAGGAAAUACACAGCUCUCCAGCCACUCUGGCACGUCAGACACCUGGGCUGGAGUCCCAACACCCACUACCCAGAGAAAUUCCUGGAGGAAGCCCACUUACUGCACUGGAAUGGACGAUUCAAGCCUUGGGACUACCCAUCUGUGCACAGGGAGCUUUGGCAGAAAUGGUACAUUCCAGACCCCACAGGAAAGUUCUUACUGGUACGACCCAACAGAUGAGUGUGUCCUUCUGGUCCCCUUGGCAGAGCUGAGCUGCUCAUCUGCACAUAGUUGCAAAAGUUAAUUCUCUGCUUCAGUUUCCUAUUGUGCGUGCAGAAAACUCAGGGGGAACCAGCCCGUUUUCGGAAAAAAUUAUGAAGUAUGUUCCAGUCCGUCUGUAGGUUUCAGAUAUAAAAACCAGUAGACAAACACUACGGUUUCAUACUGACAAAGAUCACCAAUAACUAAUAAUUAGAUUUUCUGAUUAACACCGUUGUGCUUUGGGCUCCUGCAUUUCCUGCACUUUAUUUGGCUUACAUGGACAAAUAGAUGGGACGUCAGUAUAUAUUUCCAAAAGUUUAUUACUGUUCCUAGUUUUUCAGAAAGUGUUUAUUUAUACAUUACAUCACUCUGCUCAUGAUGUACACAAACACACGACAGCUGCCAUUUUGAUUCCAAGCACCAUUUUCAAAUUCGGCACACAGGAAGUCUCCACUGUAACAACUGGUGGUGAGAUGAACUCACAUCCCCACUGGCACGGGGCUGGUACUCUGUCUAACCUCAGAAACAAACAGCUGAACACAAAAGCGCUUAAAAAUAACAUAAAAAAUAAAAAAAGGGCUACGAAGCCAGUGCUUUACAUCUACAUUGUUCUGCAAUAAUCAGAUCUCAGUGUGACCUUAAAACUUCCAGUUGAAAUGCCUUAAAAACAGGACCCGCCGAUCCGCUGCCCUCAGCAGCAUUUCCACCCGACCUCCCUGUGUCCUGCAUCCGCAGCGUUACGGAUAUCACUCAAACAUCUGGUCAUGCUUGCCUAAUGAACCAUAAUUGAUUUACAUGGACCCCAUAUUCUUUUUAAAAAAAUCUUUAAAAAUUUAAAAUGCCAAAAACCCCCAGAAUGCUCAGAUUUUACACAAAGAAAGUCUUUACCUAGCACAAAAUACAGAUAAAAUGUUAACUCAGAGGGAGGAAAGUAUGCAAAACAGUGCAUUCCAGGCCCUAAAAAGGCUAAUUUAGCUGUUCUUACUAAACUGCAGUGAGGGCAGAGCCUGCAUAGACAGUCAGAUGCACACUGCAGCCUGUAGCGCUCCCCCUUACUGUUAGCACACGGAACAGGAACUCAGCUAAUGCCAUGCUCAUUUUAAAAACCACUUAGAGUUUCGAAAGGCACUGCAUUUUU